AUGUCUCGCCGCAAUCACACGACGGAGCUCGGUUGUAUAGCUGGCCAAGAUUUAUCCGAUUUCGGUGCCGGAAAAGAAGGUUGGCUGGAGAAUAACCCUAACCUCCUCGUCUCCCUCGAUACCCACUCGCUUGCGCUUGCCAACCGGUCCUUGAUCCUCAUCCUCAACUGGUCCCAGCCGAUCAACGGGCGUCCCGAUCCGGAAAACCACCGAGCCGUCAAGAUCCGACCCGAUCUCUCCCCCAUUGAAGGCGAGUAUAUCUCGGCCGUCGAGUGGCUCGUCUUCGAUGAUGACAUCAGAGUCCUUGCCGCCGGCACCUCUUGUGGCUACCUUAUGAUCUUUUCCACCCACGGCCGUGUCAUUCACAGACAGAUUGUAAACCCUGGAAAGAUACUUAAGUUAAGGGUGCGUGGGGUCAAACAAGAUCUAACACAGGAUACCUCUUCAGAAGAGGUUUGCGUUGUAAUGCCUGGUGUAGUUGCCCGUUUUGAUGGAUCUGAUGUUAAGAAUCUGCUGCAACGGUGGUUUCGAGAAACAAAUUCUCAGGUUUGGGAUCAGGAUUUUGAUGAUAGUUUCUCGGAUGACAAUGGAAAUUCUUCUGCAAGCCUCCCUUACCAGAUAUGGAAUGUUAGCAAGUACGGUCUGUGUGCUGAUGCUGCUAUAACAGGCGUUAUGCCCCCACCUUUAAUGGAGAUUCAGUCAAGCCAGCGUUACUAUUGUGCAGUCACCAUUGGAGAUGAUGCCGUGAUAUCAGCAUUUAGACUUUCGGUUGAUAAGAGCAGAUCUUUAGUGGGAGCUAUCUUGUCAAAAAUUGUGCCUGCAACCGUUUCUACAAUAGCUUCGUUUUCAAAAAUGAUUUGGCGGAGUGAACAAAAGCCCAAAAGGAAGCCAGAGGCUAAAACACAACCAUUUGCUCGUGCCUCUCCUCUGACUUGUUUGCAGGAUAAUCCAAGGAAGGGCGAGAAGCUUACGCUGUCACCAAGUGGUACUUUGGCUGCAAUAACUGAUUCACUUGGUCGUAUUUUGCUCUUAGACACACAGGCACUAGUUGUUGUGCGUCUAUGGAAGGGAUAUCGUGAGGCGAGCUGCUUAUUCGUGGAGAUGCUUGCUGGUAAAGAUAAAGCAGCUUCUUCUCUUCAUAACGAACUUUCCAAAAGUGAUUAUUGUCUCUGCCUAGCCAUCCAUGCACCUCGAAAAGAAAUUGUUGAGGUCUGGCAGAUGAGGACAGGACCUCGACUUCUUACAAUUCCAUGUCCCAAGGGCAGUAAAAUAUUACAACCAACUUACAGAUUUACCUCUGAAAAGCCAUCUUCUUCAUCAUCUUAUGCACCCUUGGAAGUUUUCUUUCUAAACGGAGAUUCUGGUCAACUGAUUAUCGAUAAUAUUCAACCCCAUUGGUUUGCAACUGGCUCAAUCUUCAGCCACAUGGUUGUCGUCCUCCACCGACUACAUCAUAACCUCUCGAAAAUUGGCGAACCUUCAUACUCGAAUGACCCCUCGUCAUCGAAACGAGACGUACCCUCAUACUUGAUCGACCCUUGUGCGUUCACAAAAGCCCCUGAUAAUUCAGAGAUCACGACUCGAGAUGAUGACUUCAACGCGUGA